AUGGCAACGAAACAAUUCUUUAUCUUGGGCGAAGCACCAUCCACCGCUAGAGACGUUGAGCUACCAUCUGAUGUGGACUUUGAGGAGCUUCAGAACAUUGUCGCAUCGCACUUUGCCAUCGUCAAACCAAAUGGUGUCGGCUUUGUUCACGAUGACAGAAGGCUCAAUGCCAUAUCCGAGGUCUUGGAAAAAGACGAUCCAAUUGCAGUGUCCAUCAACGGAAAUGCUGUUCGUGAUGUACCUGGCCCAGCUGGCAUCCCAUACUUCGGUAACUACUUCGAGAUUUACCCCGAUCAUCUCGGCAACAACCAACGUCUCUUUGAGAAGUACGGACCGUUGUUCGUAACAAAUAGCAUGGGUAACCGCCUCUAUCAGACCAACAGCGCCGAACUCUCCAACAUAUUCCUCUCCGAAGACGAUUACUUCACAAAAGACAUCGUCCCGGGUCAUCCCCUCCACCCUAUCAAGAACCCAGAAGCAGGCGUAUUUCUAUCAGAUACCAACACAGAACAAUGGCGUCUCGCUCAUAAAUUCCUCCCACCCGCGCUCGGCCCAAAAGCAGUUCGUCACUACGCCCCAACGAUGCAAAAAACGGUAGAGCAGUCCUUCAAAGUCUUCGAUGAGCUGGAUGAUAAGGGCGAAGCGUGGAAUGUUUACCAGUAUAUGCUUAAGCUUGGCUCGCAGGCAGUGGGUAAGCUUGUUCUAGGUAUGGAUUUCGCGCAUUUUGAAGAGGUGGACUCGCCGCUACACGAGAUGGUCCUCAAGAUUGCUGAGAACCUGGAGCUGAAUAAACGUGUGUCGUCUAUGGGGGCUUGGUAUGCCAAGAUGCCGUUUGGUGAUCCGAAGAAGGUCAGAGAUACAGGGGACAGGAUUAUGGAGAUGAUGACCGAGUCGAUCGCCAGAGCUUCAAAGGGACAGGAGGACCUGGAGCUGCAGGAUGCGGCGCUAAAAGCUGAGAAUGUUGUUGAUUACUUCCUUCGAGCAAAGGACAACAAGGGAAGCAAGCUACCGCCCUCCCAAUUCGCCCCGACCUUGCUCGUCGCUACUGGUGCUGGCUUCACGACCACGUCGUCCUUGCUAUCCUGGCUGAUCUACAGCCUUGUCAAGUACCCAGGAAACCAGGAACGACUUCUACAAGAACUCAUCGACAACGAUUGGGAUGAAGAUACCCAAGUAACGGCCGACACCACCAGCAAGCUCAACUUCCUGGAUAAGUUCAUCAAAGAAACCCAACGCCUGCACAAUCCCUCCUUCCAGCCCGCUCGCACCUCCAAAGUUGACAUGAUCCUCCCAGGAGGUUACAGACUCCCCAAAGGGGCAGUCGUAAUCUCAGCACUACAUCACAUGCACAACAACAAAGACGUAUGGGAGAACCCGGGCCGCUUUGACCCUGAUCGUUGGGAUACCGAACAGGUCAAGAACCGACCUCCCGGCUCUUACAUCCCAUUCGCGGCGGGACCAAGAAUGUGCGUCGGUUUCAACUUUGCGUUGCAGGAGAUCAAGGUGUUUUUACCGAAGCUCGUUUAUCGGUACAAGUUCAGCUUGGCGCAGGAUGGGCCUAUUGAUUAUGAUCCGUACUUCCAGCUGAUUCGGCCGAAUAAUUUUCUAUAUCCUUUGUUCACAACCGUUCCUGACCGUCUUGCCGAGUCAUGGGACAAUCGCGCGCACUUGCUUUCAAACCCCCGCCGUCGCUUGUCAGUAAUAUUCCCGCUCGCACAGUCACCCGUUGGUCGUUUCGUGCGCAACGGGUUGUGCGGACGGCGCGGGUACUGCGGCGACCAGAUGAAUCCCAGUUAUUCUCUCGACAGUGAUCGCCUUGUUCAAAAAGAUGAAUGCAUGGAAAUACAUGGAGAGGGGAGAGGAAGUAGCGCUGCCAUGGCAAGAACCAAAGGUGCUGCUGGACGAGAGCCUAUUUGCCGGUCUUGGAUAUGGACAAGGCGCACCGGCGGUGUUCCCAUCCUCCUGGAAUCCAUACUGCUGCUACUGUUCGCUAGCGCAGUAAGCCCGCUCCCAGCUGGCGGCGGUGGGCCCCAACAUGGCCUUGACACAAGAGCAAUAGAAACCCAGAUGGUAACAGCCGCUCAGACAGAUGAAGUUACCAGCACAGACAUAGCACAGGUUACUCAGAGUGCUGUAGUGCAGGUAACGCAGCAAGUGACACAGCGCAUUACUAGUACCGUUACAGCUACCAUCUACAUGACAUCUACCACGGAUAUGACAAGCAUUGCCACCAUACAGAUCACUGAGCAACUUCCGACCACAGUUACUGUUACUAGCACCUUUUUAUCCCGGCCUAUCGUUGUUCCGAAGUUCGCUAACUCUGUUCUUAAGCGUGUCAAACGAGCCGCACAAGUCGGUAAUAAAGUCCCUGCGUACUUGCCGCUGAAGGGCGCUAGCGACGUGAGCAGUGCCUGUUCGUGUCACAUCACCAACAAACCAGCGGCGCCUGCUACUACAACAAUAAAGGCUCUCGAGGCUAAGACAUUUACGUCUACAGUUAAGAGCUUCACGAAGGUCUACUACAAGACGACGAACUACGUCACUGUCACCUCUCAAAGGACUAUCAGUAUAACUGACUUCAAGACAACAACCAAGACGGACUACAACACCGUUACCAUCACCGAUCUCCAGAGUUUUAUGGUCACUCAGCCCGUCAUUAUCACAGUCACCGAAGUAGAGAUCGUAACGGUUACUAACGUCAAUACCGUUGAUGUUACAAACUACAACACUAUUUAUACGACCGAUGUGGAUACGGCCUUAACAACUGAUCUCGAAACUGUAAUCGCUACUGAUGUGGAAUAUCUUACUGCCACCGACUAUCAAACAGUCGCCAUUACCAUUACCAGCGCCGCAAUAGUAACGCCUAACCCAGUGUUUGUCACGGUGCCAGGAGGAACGACUUAUGGGUAG